UUGUUACAUAAUACUGUUCCUUUGAUUCGUUGUUGCUUUGUAAUUAAGUUCUUCUGCACUGUCAGAGAGACGGGUUGUGUGGAAUUAUUUCUCCGUCGUUGUCGCUAUAAAUGAUCAGUUUGUUGAUCCUGGAAAUAGUCGCGUGCGAUACUAGUGCUGCGUAGUGGCACUCUACCAACGAACAGGUUGGUGACCCCUGCACUAAAGUCGGGGUGUCGCUCUUGUGUGGAAAUGGUUGAUGCGCCCUGAUUGGCUUCCGACCAUUCCAGGGUGUACGACGCAUCCGGCCCAGAGUCAGUCGGGAUAGGCUCCAGCUUGCUCGCCUACCUCGUGAGAAUGAGCGCGAUGGAAGGAUGCAUGGGUCUCCGUAUAUCCUAACCCGGUUUGAUCCUCGACGGCUUCCCGGAGUUAACCCGUCGCUGCCAAAUCGCCUGGCAGCGCGUCUGGAGCACUCACGGAGUCCGUCAAAGGUAGACGGUAGCCUCGGAAACACAAGCAGGCCUCGGCCGCCGGACAGUCGGACCCGCCAGGCCAGGAGCAGCGCCGUCAACGCGCUAUUUGUGUCCGAAUGGUGACUGCGAAAUAGAAUGCGGUACAGGGCGUGCGUCACCCGACGACACGUUCUCCGACAGUGCCUCUUUGUAACCGGGUCGGACCCUCGAUAAGCUCGGGCAUGGGACCUCGAAGGUUUAGCCAUCGUCGAGCUAGCUAACAGGCGGAGUGGACAGCAACUUUCCCCCCUUUUACCCACUGAGUUUUUCAAUCUGGGCUACUGGCAAUUAUGUCGCAUUGAUUAUAUCCGCAAGUAGACAGCGUUUUAUAUGGUUGUCUCGGCCUGGCUUUGGAUAUUAGAAAAGGCCCGUAAAUGUUUCGGGGCGCCGCGAAGCUAAUCCGUUAGCCGCUCCAAGUUAGCUUCGCGUCCGUCGACCAUCAAUGAAGGAGUACAAAGUGGUAGUGCUGGGUAGCGGCGGCGUCGGUAAGUCGGCGCUGACCGUCCAGUUCGUCACCGGGACAUUCAUCGAGAAGUACGACCCCACCAUCGAGGACUUUUACAGGAAGGAGAUCGAGGUGGACUCGUCGCCUUCCGUGCUGGAGAUCCUGGACACGGCGGGCACCGAGCAAUUCGCCUCCAUGCGGGACCUUUACAUUAAGAACGGGCAGGGAUUCAUCCUGGUCUACAGCCUGGUUAACCAACAGUCUUUCCAGGACAUCCGACCAAUGCGAGACCAAAUUGUGCGAGUGAAACGCUUCGAGAAGGUGCCGCUGAUUCUUGUGGGCAACAAGGUGGACCUGGAGUCAGAGCGUGAGGUGGCGGGCUCGGACGGCCGUGCCCUGGCUCAGGAGUGGGGCUGCCCCUUCAUUGAGACCUCGGCUAAGAGCAAGACCAUGGUGGAUGAGCUGUUCGCUGAGAUCGUGCGUCAGAUGAACUAUUCCACGCUGCCUGAGAAGCAGGAGCAGUGCUGCACCGCCUGUGUGGUACAGUGAACAAGAGAUGCAGUGUUUGCUUGAAUCAGGAGCAAGGGGGCGAGGGGUUCCCCCGACUGCACAACAUGACCGCACUGCUAACUUUGAAGGCUUGCGUGCGUCUUAACAUACGUACGUCUGGAAGCUGAGAUGUCGCUCCUAUUUUUGAUAUCCCGACUGUCGGUGGGGCAUUUGGUUUUGUGCCGCCACUUGAAAAGCCUUGAAAGGGACACUGAGAGACUUGACACAGAGUCAACUACUCUUGAAUUUCACCACCCCAAUCCCCUUCCCCUCCUUACUUUUACUGAGAAAUCAUACGAGCCCCUCCGCCGCAAAGUGUAAUGAACAACUAGAGUGUUUGUGAGAUUGCAGCUCCUUUUUCAAGCUGCCCU